CACUCUGCCGGUCUCCAGCCUGGAGGUGUAUGAGCAAAGCCACCCUGUUUUCCUUGGGACUCUCCAGGCCGGUCCGUGGGAGGAGCUAGCCCAUCGCUGGAGGACUUGGAAGCUGGAUAUCUGCGGCUGAGCCCAAGAACUAGCGCUGUGCAGAAACGUAACCAGUCUUCUUGCCGCUGUGCUACUCGAGGUGACCACAUCCUCUUCACACCCCACAGCCUCCCAUGGAAUGCUCAGAUGUGGAGCUGGAUCUUCAGAGGAGUGUGCAGGCUGUGCUCCGGGAGCUCAGCGCCCAGGUCCCGGCCCUGCAGAGCAACCAAGGCAUGUGGAGAUGGUCCCUGCACAAGAAGGUUGAGCGAGAUCCUACUAAGAGUCCGAUGCUGGUCCGUAUUCUGCUGAGGGAGCUGGAGAAGGCUGAAAGCGAGGACCAGCGACACGUGAUCAUCCCCUUGCUGCAUACGCUCAUGUACGUGCUCACAAAGGCCACAGGCAUCCCCGGGGAACUCUACCAGAGGACCUAUGCCUUCUGCACCAGGCUCCUGACCCUUCCCACUCCUUACUGCACUGUGGCUUUGGACUGCGCCGUCAGACUGAAGACCGAGACGGCCGUCCCAGGAACACUGUACCAGAGGAUGGUCAUUGCCGAGCAGAACCUGAUGAAUGAACUGUACCCCUACCAGGAGAGAGUGUUCCUGUUUGUGGAUCCCGAGCUGGUGUCAGCCUCAGUGUGUAGCGCCCUGCUGCUGGAGAUCCAAGCCGCCCAGGUGCAACAGUCGCCCGAGGCUUGCAUGCGCCACGUGGUCGCCCAUGCCCUGCAGGCGGCCCUGGGUGAGGCCUGCCACGUGGCUGCCCUACACCAGAAGCUGCAGGCCAGCCCCCGCCGUAUCCUGGAGCACUAUUUCCACGCCGUGGUGGCUGCGGUGGAGCAGGUGGCGAGUGAGGGCAGCCUGAGUCGGGCGGGAUACCUGGAGAGGUUAGAGGAAAUUUACUGCUCACUGCUGGGACCGGCAGCUACCACAAGACAACACCAAGGAGGUGGUGCCCUCCAGGAGCAGCCGCUGAGCACCCCCCUGCCCAGCCCCUACAUCACCUUCCACCUGUGGACCGACGAGGAGCAGCUGUGGAAGGAGCUGGUGAUGUUUCUCCGCCCGCAGUCCCAGCUGCGCCUCAGCAUUGACCUGGAGGCUUUGGAUCUGCAGGGCUUCCGGUCGGACCGAGAGCUGGCCCGAGUGUCUGUGUUGUCCACCGACAGCGGCAUCGAGCGGGACCUGCCUCUGGGGCCUGAGGAGCUCCCUGCCCCAGGCAGCCCCGAGAUGGAGCGUGGGGGACUGCAACGCAAAGGGGGUAUCAAGAAGAAGGCGUGGCUCCCUGACUGUCUGACACCUGCUGGUGGCUGGGACGGACCUCCAGGGCUGCACCGGCGGACAGGCAGGCCCAGCGGGGAUGGGGAACUGCUGCCUGGGGUCUCCCGGCUGCACACGGCCCGGGUGCUGGUGCUGGGGGACGACAGGAUGCUAGGGCGCCUGACCCAGGCCUACCACCGACUCAGGAAACGGGAGACCCAGAAGUUCUGCCUCACCCCCAGACUCAGCUUGCAGCUCUACUACAUACCCGUGCUGGCGCCGCAGGAGUCAGCAGCAGCCCGGCAGCUGGAGUUGGGAGAGCUGACGGAGCUGGCGGCGUUCCUGGGCCGCGUGGACCCGUGGUACGAGAGCACGGUCAACACCCUGUGUGCAGCCAUCCACAAGCUGGCCCAGAUGCCUCCCUCCCUGGACACACCCCAGGCCGUGGACCCCUUCCUCCUGGAUGGCAUCACCUACUACAUUCGCAUGGGCAGCCAACCCAUCUACUUCCAGAUCUACAUGGUCAAGGUCUUCUUCAGUGACCCCAGCCAAGACCCUGUGGAGGAUGUUUUCCUCACUGAGCUCAAGGUGAAGAUCCAAGACCCCAAGGGUCCCAAAGAUGGGUUCUCGCCCCGGAGGAGAGGUGUGACCGAGAGUCUGGGGACUGAGCUGUCCCUGCAUUACCAGAAGGCCCUGCUCAGCCACAGACCCCAGAACAUCACUGUCUCCCUGCGGGCCACUGGGCUGGUCCUGAAGGCCAUUCCGGCCAGGGACACUGAAGUUUCAGGGACUGCCCUCUGCCCCCCAACUGCUACUCCUGUCGCAGACCACACGUGUCUGAAUGUCAGCGUGACCGAGGUUGUCAAGUCCUCUAACCUGGCAGGAAGGUCGUUCUCUACAGUGACCAACACCUUCCGGACGGCCAACAUCCGGAUCCAGAGCCAGGACCAGAGGCCGCUGACCCUCUCCCUGGACAAGGACAGUCGGCGCACAUUCAGGGACGUGGUCAGGUUUGAGGUGACUCCCUGCCCAGAGCCCAGUUCUGGGGCCCGGAAGUCCAGGGCAUCGUGGCUCACUUCCCGCGGGCAGAAGCUGAUGGAAACGACCCAAGCCAAGCCUAAGCCCCUUCUGAUGCCCAUCAACACCUUCUCUGGCAUCGUCCAGUGAGCCCACCGGGGUAAUGGCUGUGCUGGGUCCCGGAACCAGGGGUGCUGGAGGAAGGAAACACUACCUAUAUCCAUCAGAAACACAGUGUGUGGCAGCCGGGCCAAGCUCUGCCCACUGCGUACCUGGGAGCUCACAGAUCCAGUCGUGAGUCCUCCCCAUUCCACCCCACCUCACCCUAGUCCUCCUUGCCAGCCUGGGAAACCAAAGCUAGAACUGUUGGCGUGGGCACCGGAGCCCUGUGGCCAGAGGGCAGAGGUGGAAGGGGAAGUGGGAAGAGAGAACUGAACCUUCAUGGGAGAUGUCUGCUCCUUCCCACGCGUGGACCACUGGUGUGGUAAGCCCCCAGGUGGGGGUCUCCCCCACAUUCACUAAAUGUACACUAAAGUGUUUCCACCAGGUGCUCUGCCCUGUGUACCCUCCCGUAGAGUUGGGAAGCAGGACUUCCCAGGACAAUGUGGCCCCACUUAGACCAAGUAGGGGUGUUAUGGAACAUUGAAUGGCAUCCUCUGUCUUUCCCUACCCCUUCCUCCCCUCGUUCUUGUACACUAUGAGCGCCUCUCCUAUCCCCAAAUGGAGAUUGACAAUACCAGGUAAUUGUUGCAGGUCAGUUGGAGACAUUAAAAUUCUUGAUUUUCAAAUUCAAAAAUUCAUACCUGGGUGUAAAAAUAGGAGAGGCCAAGGACACAUGCCCUGGCUCCCAGGACUUGGGGGAGGGGGACGAUGGCAGUGUUGGCAGGGGUCCCACCGGGGCCUUCUUGUCCUGGGAGUGAGCCAACAUCCAGGUUGCAUCCACUCCGACCACGCAGGAGAGUGUAAAAGGAGCUGCCUGGGGCAGAUGGGGCAGAUGGGCAGCAAGGGCGAGACCCCAGGAAACAGGCCAAGUGCUUUUCUCCCACAAACGGAAAGCAAACAAGCCCCAGGGGUCUCCAAGGAAUGGGGGGUUAUCAGGGUGUCUGUCUCGCAGUGAGGGUGAACCCAGGCUGGAUCAUGUGAUAUUCCGCCGGGUACCAUGAAGGGGGUGGUUUUCAGUCCGCAAGGGCCUUGGCCUCUCCUAUUUUUACAGGGCCAGGAUCUCACAAUCAGAGUGGCUUUACCUGAGCCAGUGUUCGCUUUUCUUUCCUCUGCCUUGGAAACGGCGUAGACAGACCUACGUCCACCUGACAUGUCAGGCCGGCAGGCUGUGAAGAGCAGCUCUUAUUGUAGACCCAAUUCGGCUGUGAGCACACUUGUUGGCAAAGUGGGGCCUCGGCCAAAU